AUGGAAACCGAUAUCCAAGGAUUUUAUAAAGACAAGGUGGUGUUCUUGACAGGCGCCACAGGGUUUUUGGGAAAAGUCAUAAUCGAGAAGCUUUUGCGGACUACGGAAGUGAAACGCAUAUACUCAAUGAUCCGACCGAAACGAGGUCAGGAUAUUCAGGAACGUUUAGCCGUAUGGAAAAAAGAGCCACUAUUCGAAGUCCUGCUGCAGUCGAAGCCCAAGGCUCUGGAAAGGAUCUUCAUCAUUGCAGGCGAUUGUCUGGAAAAAGAUCUCGGCAUUAGUAAGACGGAUCGCCAACUUUUAUCCUCCGAAGUGCAUAUAGUCAUCCAUGGAGCAGCCACCGUGCGUUUCAAUGAACCUCUUCAUGUGGCUCUUGCUAUUAACACGCGUGCCACCAAACUAAUGCUUCAGUUAGCCAAGGAGAUGGUACACCUGGAGGCCUAUUUGCACAUCUCAACGGCUUUCUCCAACUGUGUGAUUUUCCGCAUCGAAGAGAAAUUCUAUCCCGAGCAUCUGACCUGUGACUCGGGGAAGGUUCUGGCCAUAAGUGAGCUACUUAGUGACCAAAUGAUGGACAAUCUGACUCCAACUUUACUUGGAUCCUUCCCCAAUACAUAUACAUACACCAAGGCCCUGGCGGAGGACGUGAUCCUAAGAGAAUCGGGCGACCUACCGCUAAGCAUAUUUCGACCUGCAAUUAUAAUUGCCACCCAUAAAGAACCCGUUUCCGGUUGGAUUGACAAUCUUUACGGACCCAUUGCUCUUCUAUACGGCGCUGGUCAUGGAGUGCUACGCGUGUCGACCUGCAACAAAAAUGGCGACGCCAGUUUGGUGCCGGUGGAUUACUGUGCAAAUAUGGCCUUGGCUAGCAUAUGGCAAACAUCGAUGGAAAAAACUCAACGAGAUUUGAAAUCACAACCCGCCAUCUACACUUUAGCGCCUAGUAAGGGGAAUCUGCUGAACAACAUGGACUUUGUUAAGCACUCUUUAAGCUGCCGAGAAGAUUUGCCUUUAACCAAGAUGAUCUGGUAUCCAUUUGUGCACUGCAUCUCGACACCGUGGCUAUUUCCACUGGCCGCAUUUUUUUAUCAUACGUUACCAGGCUAUUUUUUUGAUCUGGCUUUAAUACUUUCGGGAAGAAAACCUCGCCUGGUUAAACUCUACCGAAAUAUUCAUGCUAACAUUGCGAUUCUGCAGCAUUUCAUGCAUAAUUCUUGGAGCUUUGAAACAAAGAGCACAGAUCGGUUGAGAGCUGUAAUGUCUCUGGAGGAUCGGCGAUUAUACAGCUUUGAUAUGGAGGCUUUGGACUGGAAGAAAUACUUCGAAACGGCCCUUCUCGGAAUGCGUCUAUUCCUGGGAAAAGAACCUCCAACAAAGGAAUCCUUCGAUCAGGGUCGACGACUGUUGCGGCGUUUGAAGAUCUUGCACUAUAGCUUGAUGACAGUACUGGCCGCCAUUGCUGGAUGGAUUUUGUGGACACUGGUCAAAUUAAUUAUUUAAUUAAAUGGGACUACGAACUAAAAAACUUUGCUGUUCACAGUAUCGAAUAUCGAAACAAUAUUGUUAGCAAUAAAAAAUUUG